AUGUUUGGAUUAACUGAUGAUGAAGUAGUGCUUGCAAUAUGGAAUAGUGGGUCUGAAAAAAAAAUAAUAAUUUCAAAUGAUUUAAUAGUAAAAUACGCCGCGACGCUGCCGAAUUCGUAUCGCACGCACUCUCAGUUGUGGUCACUAACUCCUCGCUUUAUAGGAAAACGCCGAGAACGCCUCAUCGCUGCUCCGUUCAGCACUGACACCGCUUCCGCCCACCGCCCAAAAACCAGACAAACAAAGGCGACGACGAGUCAUCAACAAAGCCACUCAUACAGCGCAGUAAUGGAAGACAAUAAGGUCGAGGUGCUCUUUGAGAACGGCUCCUAUUACGAGAGCUUUGUUACGGGUGUAAUGGAAAAUGAAGUUCUAGUUUCUUUCCCUGAUGAUUGGUAUUCUGAAACUAAAUUCAACUAUGACAAUGUUCGAUUACCCUUGUCAGAUGAACAAUGUAGUACAGAGUUUAUUUACAAUCAAGAAAUAGAAGUAAAAUCGGUCAUAGAACCUCAUCCUUGUUAUUGGUGGGUAAAAGCAAUAAUAAAAAUGAUCAGUGGUAACCCACCAUCCCAGUUCGUGGUCCAAUAUUUGAACACAACAGCUGAAGAAAUAUUUGUCUCUCCUGAUAAAAUCAGAUGCAGUAACAUAAAUUCACACAUUAAUGGCAAUACAUUUUACAUAACUGAUAUUGAUGUACCCGAAGAUGUUAGAGAAUUUGCUAAAAUUGAUGGCAUCCAUAAAGAUCUACAGAUAGCAAUUGGCGCCUCCUUGGUGUUAUAUAAUCCUGAUCGAUCAAUGUUGAGUGUUAUAUCUCUUUCACCAUUGACCAGUAAAAUAACAUUGAUAUUAGCCGACUUUAGAAAACUGAACCACAAUGUUAUGUUGCUUAAGAAGACUGAAGAGUUAGCCAAGCAACUGGAAAGCUCUAAGCUAAAUAUUACAUCAUCACCUUAUUCUGGUGAAUUUAAUGUACUUGAUGAACUUAUGGGUUUGGCUAUUGGAACUCGUGGCACUAAUAUUGAACGAGCUCGCAGGAUUGAUGGUAUUACAAGUAUUGAGUUAGAUAAACAUACCAGAAUUUUUAAAAUUUAUGGAAAUAGCAAAGACUCUAUAAAGAAAGCUCGAAGAAUUUUAGAGUAUAAGAAAAAAUGUCUUCAAGUUCAAAGAGAUUUCAUUGGAAAAUUAAUUGGUAAAAAUGGUUGUAACAUCAAAGAUAUCAUUGCGAAAAGCGGAGUGGAACUUGAACAAAAUAGGAAAGAAACACAAAUGGAAAUGGCGAUGCAAAGGCGAUACAACCGUAACCUUAAUGCAGACAGUGAAAACAUGAAAAAUGGCCAAAGUAAGUCUAAGGGAAGAAAAAUAACAGGUGUAUACGUGGCGAAGAUGAGAGUGAAUGAAAAAGUUAAUUGA